UCCAGGGGUCCUUAGAGCCGCGAGGGGAUGGGACAGGAUUGGUGGGUGGGGCAAUCGGCAGCGCCUGAGGACUGACCCGAGCCGAGGCUGGGCAGAGCGCGCCGCACACGCCAGCCGAACCUGCUGGGAGGAGAGAGGUAAGCAGCCGGUCCUGGCCCCCGAUCGGGGGCUGAAGAGAGGAGAGGGGCGGGCAGCUGGUGGUGCCCGCCCCACGCUCCUCGGAGAGAGUGUAUGUGACCGAGAGAGAUGUGUCUGCUUGGCGGAGAGGCCAGCCACUAACCCCCGGCUCCGCUUUGAGAUCCGCUCUCCGUUUGUAUCCUGCCCCGGGCGGGGGGCGGGGGCGAGGGGUGUCGAGCCCUCCAAUCCCGUAGGUGAGAAAGCAACGACGGCUGCCCGCGGCGCCGGCUCCCGGGACCUCCAGCUGGGCUGCUGGGAGGAGGAACCUUGCACACACUAUAGUUUCGAAUGGGAUGUCCACUGGCCCACAAUAUGGCACUGGGCAAGUUGCUCAGCCUCUCUGAGCCGCAGUCACCUUGUAAUGGAAGUGGGUGAGAACUCCCUCGCGGGGCAGAGCGUGCGGUGGCGAUAACCAACGCAGGCAGAGACGGCCUGAGGUGCAGUGCCCGCCCACACUUGGCCUGGGUGAGGGGGUGACUCAGGAGCUUCUGAUCCUCCCUGCCUGCUCUACCCUUCGGAUGAGUCCAGACUUGCAGAGCUCAGGUCUGACCUGAGAAGGAGGGCUCAGGCUGCCGGGAGCCUCCUUUUGAUCCUGGGUGGCAAAGAUAACCCUUUAACACCUUCCCUCCCCUGCCCCUACCCCCACCCACCCCAGUCUUUAACCUAGAAUUUUGCUUGAUGCUGCAGACGUGAAGGAUGGGCGCAAGCCACUCGCCUCACCGUGGACACUUUCCUUUCCCUCUUUGGGCCUCAGUUUCCCUUCUAGAAAGGCAGGUGCUGACAGCCUCUCUCCCCCCUUCCUGUUCCGGCUGACUGGCUGAGAUCCUAGAACCUGGAAGCACUUUGAUAUUUAACACCUCCAUUCUGACUUGACCAAUUCCCAGGCACUAAUUUUCUCUUUUGAAGAGGGAGAGGGAGGGUGGCUUUGAAGUUAGGUAGGGAUGAAGUAAGGUGGGCUGGAGCCCCUGCAGCCCAGGAAGGGAAGGCUGGAAAGCAGCAGGCUGGGGAAGCCAGGUGAAUACACCUGGGAGGGAGGCAGGAGGUAUCUCCCACAGAGGGAACUGCCCUGCCCAGCUCUGUAUGUUCUGAAACAGCGCAGGGGUGUUCAGCAUUGUGGACUGUCAGAUGCAAGGUUGGAGAGGGAGGGUUGGAAUUCAAUUUGAGGCUGGGAAGGAAGGCAGGGGCCAAAUAUGAAGGCCUUGAAUGCCAGACCUAGGAGCUGGGAUUUAGGCAGUGGAGAGCUGCUAGAGGGUUUUUUAAGCUGGCAUGACAGGGUGGGGUUGGUAAUUCUAGGAAACCUUCCUCUGGCUUGUGGGUGGUGCUGGAGCCUGGGAGACCAAUCUGGAGGCUAAGUGCUCCAGCCUCUUAGAGUCGGAAGGAGAUUUUCACUUAUUUUCACUUACUUCAUUGCUUCCUAGCUCUGUGGCCUUAGGCAAGUAACUCUACCUCUCUGAUUCUCAGUCUCCUCAUCCUUCAAAUGAGGAUAGGUUUUAAACCAGGAGCAGUGAUGGGGUCCCGGUCUUCUGUCGGGAUUGUACUCUGGUGCCCAGCAUGGCCGGCAGUUGGAAGCAGAGGACCAGGAAAAAGGCUGUUGGAGCAAUCCAGGCCAGGAGGUCUCCUGAACCUGACCAGUGCAAGUACCUGCUCUGUGCCAGACCCGGCGGCCAGGCCCAAGGACAUAAAAGGGAACCUAACCCCAUUCCUGCCCACAGGAGGACAGACAGCCCACACCAUGCUGUGGCCCCUGCUGCUGUUGCUGGCCGCCGGUGAGGCCCAGACCACCCGGUCCUGCUUCCCUGGAUGCCAGUGUGAGGUGGAGACCUUUGGCCUCUUCGACAGCUUCAGCCUGACGCGAGUGGAUUGCAGCGGCCUGGGCCCUCACAUCGUGCCCGUGCCCAUCCCCCUGGACACAGCCCACCUGGACCUGUCCUCCAACCGGCUGGAGACGGUGAACGAGUCCGUGCUGGCAGGCCCGGGCUACACCACGCUGGCCGGCCUUGAUCUCAGCCACAACCUGCUCACCAGGUUCUCGCCCACGGCCUUCUCCCGCCUUCGCUACCUGGAGUCACUUGACCUCAGCCACAAUGGCCUGGCCGCCCUGCCCGCCGAGAGCUUCACCAGCUCACCCCUGAGCGACGUGAACCUGAGCCACAACCGGCUCCGCGAGGUCUCCGUGUCUGCCUUCGCCACCCACAGCCAGGGCAGGGCGCUGCACGUGGACCUCUCGCACAACCUCCUCCACAGCCUCGUGCCCCACCCCGCGCGGGCCAGCCUGCCGGCGCCCACCAUCCAGAGCCUGAACCUGGCCUGGAACCGGCUCCACACUGUGCCCGACCUCCGGGACUUGCCCCUGCGCUACCUGAGCUUGGACGGGAACCCACUGGCGGCCAUCGGCCCAGGGGCCUUCGAGGGGCUGGCGGGCCUUACACACCUGUCGCUGGGCAGCCUGCAGCGUCUCCCCCAGCUGGUGCCCUAUGGCUUCCGUGAGCUGCAGGGCCUGCAGGUCCUGGAUUUGUCAAGCAACCCCAAGCUCAAGUGGGCAGGACCCGAGGUGUUCUCAGGCCUGGGCUCCCUGCAAGAGCUGGACCUGUCAGGCACGGGCCUGGUGCCCCUGCCCGAGAAGCUGCUUCUCCACCUCCCGGCGCUGCAGAGCAUCAGCGUGGGCCAGGGCGUGCAGUGCCGGCGCCUGGUGCGGGAGGGCACCUACCCCAGGCAGCCUGGCUCCACCCCCAAGGUGGCCCUGCACUGCAUAGACACCCAGGAAUUAGCUGCUGGGGGCUCUGAUACCUUGUGACGAAUGGUGUGGCCUGGGGCCAUGUAACAGACUUUGCCCUGGGCUCCCUUGGGUCCUGGGUAAUUUAUAUUUUAACGUGCCAAUGCCAGCAGGGACUCUGUAGGCCUGUGUGGCAGCAUCAUUGAAAGAGAGGCUUUGGACCUGGGACCCACACCCAGGAGCAAGGUUUUGCCCGUUUGUCUAUGUUGCUCUCCAGACCAUAAGCUGAGGGUCUUCAAUGCCAAACCAGACAGCAGUCCCCUGCUGUCCUUCCCUACUUGUCCCCAAAGUGCCUUCCCUGAGGCCUGGACCAACCUGACCCAUGACAGGAAGAGGGCGGGCGGGAGGUAGUGCUGCGGGGCAGAGGUCCAGCCACUCAGGCAUGGGUUUCUUUUACGACACAGCCCUCUCUUUGCUCUGGGCAUGUGAGGGCUACUUCAUCCUUUUUUCUUCCCCUAGAACUCUGGAUAGAACUUUAUAGAAAGGACUGGAGAAAAAAACUCUAGUCCACCUCCUCAUGUGCCAGAUGGGGAGACUCAGGCCGAGGGAAGGAAAAAUGCUAUUCUGAGGUCCUACAGUGGCAGAAGCGUGAAUGGACCCAAUGUCCAGCCUCGCAGCAGGGCCCCUUUGCACUUUUCUCCCCUCUCCCCUUUCUGGGCUCCCCCUUGCUUCCAAGACUCACAUCCUGCCAUUUGUGCCCUUUCCCUGUCGUCCCCAGGAGGAGAGACCAGGGCCUCGGGGGUGGCACUCUGGGCCCGGUAACCGGCUGUGGCACAGGCUAAGUCAGUUCACCUCGGAGCCUCCAGGAGCCUCAGGGAUACCAGUCCCAGCCCUGCCAGUUUCCCACUCUGGGUUGGGGGGGGGGGGGGGGCGGCGUCCCCCAGCAUCAAAAUGGAAAUGCGCCCAUUGACCCCUAAGGUACUGCCUCUAGAUGCAGUCCUGGAGCCCCUCCAGGCCCUGAGCUCCCUCAGACCCCACUGGCCCUAUGCCUGACAGCCCAGCUCAUCCUACUGAGAAUGCAGUGAAGGAGGUAGGGGAGACCCCACCCAUGUUUAUGCUCCGCCACCAGGGUGGCAUCUCAGCUUCCCAGCCCUGGGCUCUCUCCUUAGCAUGGGGUUAAUAAAAGUUGUUGCCUUUUUAAUGGACUGUCACU